UGUCAAACAUAGAAGCGUAUUAAUUGUGUAUUUAUUUAAGAAAUGACGAAAUAAAGCAGUAUUCUAAUUUACUAUUGUGUUUCAACAAGAAAGCUCAAGUUAUCGAUUAAGUGGUUAAUUAGAGAGACAGUGUUCAAAGACAAAUUGUCGAUUGUGUUUGUAUCAUUUCGAUCGUGAUGGCGGGCGGAUUGUGAGAAUUGUGAGAUUUUAGGAGUUUGAGCGGUGUUGCAGCUGGGCGGCGUCAUGUGGAACAGCGAAAACGUCUCGCCACAGCGAUCGCGCACCGCGCUGCGCGAGCUACGGAGGCUGGCAGCGCGGCCCCCGCCAGGAAUCAAGCUGCUAUUGCGAGACGAUGAUCUCUCCGACAUCACAGCGCUUAUUGAUGGACCAGCGGAGACACCAUACUUCGGCGGCGUGUUCCGCGUACAAAUAAAGCUGGGCAAGGAGUUCCCGACAGCUCCGCCCCGAGCAUACUUCCUGACGCGCAUCUUCCACCCGAACGUGAGCCGAGAGGGGGAGGUCUGCGUAAACACACUCAAGCGCGACUGGCGCCCCGAGCUAGGCCUCGAGCACGCACUCCUAGCGCUCCGCUGCCUCAUGAUCGCUCCCAACGCGGACUCUGCCCUAAAUGCGGACGCAGCGGAACUGCUGCGGGGACGCUAUGAAGAAUACUUCGCUCGCGCCAAGUUGCUUACAGAGAUACACGCCAAACCUGCCAAGGGACAUGAAACCCAGAAUGAAAACACGAACCUCAUUGGCGGUUUAGACGAGCCCACUACAGCCGGCAGCGGGACAGAAGGCGCCGAGGCGGGGGCGGGGGCGGGGGCGGGGGCGGGGGCGGGGGCAGGGGCGGGGGAGGGGGCAGGGGAGGGGGCGGGCCCGGCGGCCAAGCGCGAGCGGCGCCCGAGGCAGAAGCCGACGCCCGCGCGGGACAAGCGCAAAGUGCUCAAGCGGUUAUGA